AUGGAUUUCUUGCCAAAGACAAGCAUGGCGUCGUCGCCGGAGGGCGCAGCGGUGGUGAAUGCGUACAAGAAGGCGCUCGCCACUGCGGCCUCGGUGAGCGCGUACGCCAUGCUGGCGCGCGGCAUGGCGCGGGAGCUCCUCCCCGACGAGCUGCGCGCCGCGGUGCGCUGGGGCGCCGCGUUCGUGCGCUCCCGCUUCAGCGCCCCCGACAAGGAGCGCCACACCAUCGUCAUCCGGCGCGUGCUCGGCGGCGGGUACAACGAGGACGACCUGUUCGACGCGGCGCUCGCGUACCUGGCCACCAAGAUCAACCCGCAGUCCAUGAGCCGGCUCUGCCUCGCGCGCACCCGCAAGAGGGAGCCCGACGGGAGCGGCAGCUGCACCACGCUCCUGAGCAUGGAGAACGGGAGCUCCACCACCGAUACCUUCCAAGGCGUGGAGUUCCGGUGGACGUCCAUCGAGAGCGGCGGCAACGACGGCAACAAUAGGGGCAAGGAAUGCCUGGAGCUCAGCUUUGACGCGGAGCACACGGAGACCGCGCUCCACAAGUACGUGCCCUUCAUUACCUCCACGGCGGAGGAGCUGCGGUUGCGAGACCGCGCGCUCAAGAUCUUGCUCAACCAGGGCUCGAGUUGGAAAGGCAUCAACCACCACCACCCGGCCACGUUCGACACGCUCGCCAUGGACCCGUCCGUCAAUCAGGCCGUGAUUGACGACCUCGACCGCUUCCUGAAGCGGAAGGACUACUACCGGCGGAUCGGCAAGGCGUGGAAGCGCGGCUACCUUCUCUACGGCCCACCUGGAACCGGCAAGUCCAGCCUGGUCGCCGCCAUGGCCAACUACCUCCGGUUCAACCUCUACGACCUUGACCUCUCGGGGGUGUACGAUAACUCGUGCCUGCAGCGGCUGCUCAUCGACAUGUCCAACAAGUCCAUCCUCGUCAUCGAGGACAUUGACUGCAGCUUUGACACCAUGUCCAGGGAAGACCGCAAGGUAUCCCAUGCGACGACCUACACAGACGACGACGACGACGAGUACGACGACGCCCGAGCACGAGGAUACCCCCCGGAGCGCGAGCGCAAGAUAACGCUGUCAGGGCUGCUCAACUUCAUCGACGGCCUGUGGUCCACAUGCGGCGAGGAGCGCGUCAUCGUCUUCACCACCAACUACAAGGACCGCCUCGACCGGGCGCUGCUACGGCCGGGCCGCAUGGACAUGCACGUCUACAUGGGCCACUGUGGCUGGGAGGCGUUCAGGACGCUGGCCCGGAACUACCACCUGGUCGAGGACCACGCGCUGUUCCCGGAGAUUCGGGAACUGCUUUCCGUGGUGGAGGUGACACCGGCGGAGGUGUCCGAGAUGCUGCUGCGGAGUGAGGACGUCGACGUUGCGCUACGGGUGCUUAUCGAAUUCCUCCAACAAAGAAGAUGCAAAACAAAUGAGGCAAAUGAGAAGAACGGCCGCAUAGCAGGAUAG